UGAAGGCAGCAGCAGGAUGGCGGAUGAUCAGUACGAGUCAGUACUGUGCGUUAAACCCGAGGUUCAUGUGUACCAGAUCCCUCCCCGACCGUCCAACCGCGGAUACCGUGCUGCCGAUUGGAAACUGGACGAGCCGGCGUGGAGUGGGCGCAUGAAGAUCACGGCAAAGGCCAACACUGCAUUCAUCAAACUGGAAGACAAGAACUCAGGUGAACUUUUCGCCCAGGCUCCAGUGGAGCAGUACCCGGGUCCGUCUGUAGAAGCCGUGACAGAUUCCAGCCGCUAUUUCGUUAUCAAGAUAGAAGACGGCAAUGGUCGACAUGCGUUCAUCGGUCUCGGGUUUGCGGAUCGCGGUGACUCGUUCGACUUCAACGUGGCGCUGCAGGAUCACUUCAAGUGGGUGAAGCAGGAAGGUGAGCUGGCCAAGCAGGAGGCCAAUCAGAGCGCGGCUCCUAAACUGGACCUCGGCUUCAAGGAGGGCCAAACCAUUAAAAUCAGUAUAGGGAACAUAAAGAAGAAAGAUGCAGCAGGAGUGAAGGCUCGUCCUGCAGGUAGUGGUCUGCUCCCACCUCCACCAGGUGGGAAAGGUGGUUUCCUUCCUCCUCCUGUCUCCAGCACGCAGACGACCCCACCCGUUCAACAGAGCACAGGGUUGUUGCUGGAUUCCGGUGGUUCCCCGACCCCAGCGCAACCUUCCCAGGACCUGUGGGGUGACUUCACUGCGGCAGGAUCAGGCAGCGGCGCUCAGGAACCGGUGAAAUCAGGAUGGGUGCAGUUUUAACCGUGUGAGGGGCGAAAAAAAGGACGAGAGGACGAGGACACGCCCGGUUCGCCCUCGCCGACAUGCACAUGAAAAGCUGGAGAGAGAACCUACUUUCACACACACACACACACACACAGACCGUGUUACAUGUUCUGAGAACGCCGCAGAAAUCUUGAUUAGUUACGUCUGAAAUCAGAAACAUUCCAGGCUUCCUUUAGGGACGUAUUUUCAGCUUGUUUUGAAGUGUUUUGGUUUUUGGUUUACGGCGGCUGCGUGGUCGCCGCACACUUGAACAAUUUACGAGCGAGGCGGGGGGGGCGGGGGGGGGGGGGGUGUGAACCCAUGCACAAAACUUAGCAGAGCGAGGGGUCUCUGUUCGAGGGAACUAAUCAGGCACCCUUUUGAUCACAUGACCUGUGGGUACCUGCAGAGCGCCCCCUGUCCCUCACCUCAGUGCCUUUUUGGACUUCUCUUCUGCCUUAAUGGCGUUCCUCUGUGGGUUUGGUGUGGGCUUUUCUUUCUUUCUUUUUCUUAAAGGUUUUAGCUUUUAUUUAGCAGCUUUUAUCUCUGAUUACUUUCUGUAGAGCCUCCUGAAGGAUCUGAUGUCUGAAAUGAUACUUUAUACAAUAGCACUAAAGAAAAUUAUGUUUUUUAACAUUCUGAGAUUAAAUAAAUACUUUAAAACACAGCUGAUCAGACGAGUGUAUGCAUUUCAGUCAUGACUGUUGCUCCACUGAUCUCCUGCACACACACACACACACACACACACACACAGCUAUUUUCUUUGAAGCAGAGUGCCUUGAUUGAUAAACAAAUCUGUAAAAAUGUAAAACACUUCUUUGUAAAUAAACAUUUUCUUUACUGUCA